ACUCGCCGGUGGCCGUGCAAGUGCCCGGGAUGCAGGCAGGAGCUUCGGCCUCGUCUUCCUGGAACACAAAUCAAAGAACUGAUCCAGAAGAGUUGUUCACUAAAUUGGAACGCAUUGGGAAAGGCUCCUUUGGAGAAGUUUUUAAAGGAAUUGAUAACCGGACACAGCAAGUGGUUGCUAUUAAAAUCAUAGACCUCGAGGAAGCAGAAGAUGAAAUAGAAGACAUUCAGCAAGAAAUAACUGUUUUAAGUCAGUGUGACAGUUCGUAUGUAACAAAAUACUAUGGAUCGUAUUUAAAGGGCACAAAGCUGUGGAUCAUAAUGGAAUACUUGGGCGGAGGAUCAGCACUGGAUCUCCUUCGAGCUGGUCCAUUUGAUGAGUUCCAGAUAGCUACCAUGCUAAAGGAAAUUUUGAAAGGUCUAGACUACCUGCACUCAGAAAAGAAAAUUCACAGGGACAUAAAAGCUGCCAACGUCUUGUUGUCAGAGCAAGGAGAUGUUAAGCUUGCAGACUUUGGAGUUGCUGGCCAGUUGACAGAUACACAGAUUAAAAGGAAUACCUUUGUAGGAACCCCAUUCUGGAUGGCUCCUGAAGUUAUUCAGCAGUCAGCUUAUGACUCAAAAGCUGACAUAUGGUCCUUAGGAAUUACUGCUAUUGAAUUAGCCAAAGGAGAACCACCUAACUCUGACAUGCAUCCCAUGAGAGUUCUUUUCCUGAUUCCAAAAAAUAAUCCACCAACUCUAUUGGGAGAUUUUACUAAGCCCUUUAAAGAGUUUACUGAUGCAUGUUUGAACAAGGAUCCAUCAUUUCGUCCGACAGCUAAAGAACUGCUGAAGCACAAAUUCAUUAUUAAAAAUGCCAAGAAGACGUCAUACCUGACAGAACUGAUCGAUCGGUUCAAGAGGUGGAAAGCUGAAGGACACAGUGACGACGAAUCGGAUUCUGAUGGCUCUGACUCGGAAUGCAGCAACAAGGAAAAUAAUUCUCAUCCUGAAUGGACCUUUACUACUGUUAGGAAGAAACCUGAUGCAAAGAAACUACAGAAUGGAACAGAACAAGACCUUGCCAAAACACUGAGCUGCUUGUCUACAAUAAUCACACCUGUAUUUGCUGAAUUGAAAGAGCAAGACACAAGUAAUGCGAGCAGAACAAAAGCAAUUGAAGAGCUUGAGAAAAGUAUGACAGUGGCAGAAACUGCCUGUCCAGGAAUUACCGAUAAGAUGGUGAAGAAAUUAAUUGAGAAGUUUCAGAAGUUUUCCGUUAAUGACUCAUCCUAAGAAACUUCCCAUUAUUGACUUCAGUUACAUCCAGCUCCAUUGCAAUCCACCCAGAUGACUUCAAGCUUGGCAGUGCUUACUUAGCUCAUGAGCCCCCAUGUGCCUUUUGGAUCUUCGCAGCAUACUGAUGGUGAAGGAUUUGGAAGAACCUACUCAACUAUUUUGUGAGGGCGUAUAUGGUUUUAUAUUUUCAGGAGAUGAUUUUGUAAAGAAGUUUUAAUAUCAUAGUCUCAUCUAUGUUUAUUCUGGUAAAUGUUGAGCUCUAGUUUGGCUUUUAGGCAUCAUAAUUAUUUUUAAUAGGAUGCACAAGUUAGCAUGUUUUUUGCUCUUUGGUUAACUGUACACUGCUGAAACAUACAGGUCUGUCACAGCAAUCAUAAGUGCAACUUUUGUCAGUCAUCCUCAAGAAGCUUCAAAACCAGCUCUUUUCUCUCUCCUCCCCGCCCCCCAGAAACAACCAUUUUAACUGUCUUGGCAGGGAGACUGCUCCAGGUAGUACUCACCUGCAUCAAACAAGAGUUUAGAGCACCAGGAAAGUCAAAGCGUGAGAGUGUGCACUACCGAUUCUGCUUUUGGACCAGGACAAACAACUAUUCCAUGAUUCCCUCCAUUUGAGAGCAAUAAUCUAGUGAAGUAGUUUGCAGCUGAUCUAUGUAGCGACAUCAACAUCGCCUUUUGUAGAACAGGCUUUUUUCAAGUCAUAGUUAAGUCUUACCAUGGUUAGAAACUUAGAGCAAUACAGUUAGCUAGGGAAGGCUUUUGGCAAUAAUGUUCAAAUUGUAGGCUGGUCGACCUUGUUGAGUUCACUAUGCUAGGGUUUGGGGGAGCUUGAAGAGGCUGAACAUCACAUAACUAAUACCUCCUCCUCUGCAGCAGCAGGGGGUAUGAGCAGAAAUCCCACCAGCAUUUGUGUGUAUUUGUGUGUGUGUGUGUGUGUGUAUGGGGGUUAAGUUGGCUUGUGAAAUGUUUGUUUUCCUAGUAUGUCCAUAAGCAUCAUUUGUUCAUUUCCGAAAGGGUAUUUUGAAUAUGUAUUUCCUGUUAGUAUGCAGAUAACUGAGUUAGAGGUAUUCUUUCCCAAAUGUAGUCUACAGUGGAGUAGAGUAAUAUUUUUUCCCUCAUAAAAAGUAGGUAAGAUGAUACGAUUGCUUUUUCAUUCUAUUUAUGGUACUUAUGGAUCCAGUAUGUAUAUUAUGCUGAAAUUCAGUACUCGUGGGAUUGUUGAUGUACAUUUAUUUUUUAUAAAGGUUCUGUGUUUAUUGUAUCAUUUGGAUCUGCACAAUCUUGUUUUUGCACAAAAGUCUUGUAAAGAACCUGCAUAUUCUAUCUGCCAAAUAUGAGAAAAAGGAAGUUGUAGGCAGACAUGAUCUGGAGAGUCAGAAAGUGCAGUGUUCUUCUGUAUACCAAGGAUAAGUUCUUUUCAAUGGUGCCUACAGUGUAAAAAAAUUUACUUUUUUUCAUUCCUUGUUUUCGUGUUAAAGAAAUGGUUCUGUUGAAAUUUUCACCUGCUGUGUAACUGAAACUCAAUUACUUACAAUUUAUAUCUAUAAAAGUCUGGAGGUCAUUUUUGAAAAAACAAGAGUGUUCUGGAUUAAAAUAUUUUUGUAUAAGCAACACGUCAUAAACACAGUUAUCUGAAGCUUUACAAAGUUCAAAUAGUAAUGUGCAUUAUCAGUGUAGUUAAUGAAGUCUAACUAUUUAAAGCGUAUGUUCACCCUGUUGGGGAGGUUACAAAAAUAAAUAUUUUAAUUCUGUAAA